GAUUUGUUCAUCAGCGCUUUUUCCGUUUUCUGGGCACUCGCUCUGCCUCCUCUGAGACAAAAAAAGAGGAAGGAAUAUGGUUUCAUCUGACGCUCCUCCCGUUUCAGCGCUGCUGUAGCGGAUCUCUAGUACGAGCAGGAGGCUGGGGCUCGGUCUGGCACAAACCCCCUCUGUACCUGAAACAACCACCUUCCCCGUUACCAACCAGCCUGCAGGAGCACUACCAGCACACCGGGAGACAUAAAUGGUGGAGGCCGUGGUGGAGUUUGACUAUGAGGCUCAGCAGGACGAUGAGUUGAGCCUGACGGUGGGUGACAUCAUCGUGAACAUACGGCGGGACGAUGGAGGAUGGUGGGAGGGAGAGCUGGGCGGACGCAGGGGGUUGUUCCCAGAUAACUUUGUCAGGGAGAUAAAAAAAGAGGGGAAGAGGGAUGGAGGACAGAUGAGCAUGAUCAGAUCUGACCUCGCAAAUGGCAGGGCCAGCCCCGUGUCUGACUCCAGCGUACGGCCGGGAAGGAAAGGAGAGCAAAUCCGUAAGCGACGGUGUAAAGCUGCUUUUAGCUACGUUCCUCAGCAUGAAGACGAACUUGAGUUGAAAAUAGGGGACAUCAUUGAGGUCAUAGCAGAGGUAGAGGAAGGCUGGUGGGAGGGGAUUCUUAAUGGGAAGACUGGAAUGUUUCCCUCCAAUUUCACCAGAGAAGUCCUGACAGAGUCUGACUCGGCCUCUGCAGACACGCCCACCUCACAGGAGGAGCUCCGCAGUGGCCGCACGAGUAAGGACAGUCCAGGCAGUGAAAGUGAUGGAGGGGACUGUCGGUCUGAAACAGGAUCAGUAGAAAUCCAGCCUAAGAAGGUCCGAGGGUUUGGCUUUGGUGACAUCUUCAAAGAUCAGCCCAUCAAGCUCAGACCUCGCUCCAUGGAAAUAGACUCAGAGGUGGACAAGAUCAACGAGGGGAAAGCAGCGAGUGUUGCCCCUGAAACCAUGAAGACUGAACCUGACAGCAAAGCCAAAGGGCGGGAGCAAUGUAAAGUCCUCUUUCCAUAUGAAGCACAAAAUGAAGAUGAGCUGACGAUCAAAGAGGGGGAGAUCAUCAACAUUAUCACCAAGGACUGUGCUGAUGCAGGCUGGUGGAUGGGGGAGAUCGGGGGAAGGCAAGGUGUCUUCCCAGACAACUUUGUCAAGCUGCUAGAAGUUGAGAAAGAGAGACCAAAGAAACCGCCUCCUCCCAGUGCACCAUCGGCCAAACACACCACAGAAAAAAAGCCAGAGGUCAAGAAGGUUCCUCCUGAGCGGCCUGAACAUCUGCCCCAGAGAGACCAGGAGCGAGGUGAAGAGGUGAAGGUUGGAGACAUCCCCAAGCCCUCCCUCCCGUCUAUCCUUCCCAAGAAACCCCUCCCCCCAAAGACAAGUUCCUCCUCUUCCUCCCAACCCCCACGGCGUCCCGAGAGACCCCCCCCUCUAGCGUGUGAAAGCACCAAGUCUGAGGGCAGGGCUUCGACACCAGAUUCUGCCCCUGACAGGUCACAUGACACUGAUAUGGACCUGGAUGCGGUGGUUUCAUCAACAGAGAAACUGAGUCAUCCGACAGCAUCACGGCCAAGGGUCACAGACCGCCGGCCUCGCUCACAGAUCAUCACACCUUCUUCCCUGUCCAGUACUGACCUGGACUCACCUAUAGUGGAGGAAAGGAAGGAAAGGGAGAGAGGGAAGGAGGAGCAGCAGACUGUUUCCACCAGAUCUGUAGAUGUUGCCCUGAGAAAAGGAGUUCCCAUCAUCUCUGCACCCGACAGUAAAAUACCACUGCCCGCCAAGCCCUCUGUCCUGACCCCACCGAACUCUGGCCAUCGCCCCGCCUCCCCGUCUUCCUCCUCUGGCCUGAGCCCCUCCCCUGAGCUCCGGCACUUGCCUCCGACCCCCCUGACGCUGGAGGAACUCAGGAACCAGCUGAGAGAGCUGAGGGCCUCCAUAGAACUGCUGAAGAGCCAGCACAGGCAGGAGAUGAAGCAGUUGGCCAAUGCGCUGGACGAGGAGAAGAAGAUUCGUGUUAGUUUACAGGUGGAAGUAGAGCACAUAAAGAAGAGCCUGUCGAAAUGAAAUAAAGACUGAAGCAUCUUUAUCGGCGCACUCUGAUCAUCACAUCGGAGGCCAUCAUCGGAAAACAUUUUUACUGUUGGCCGAGACACUUCAGCCAAGAAAAAGUUUGUGCCAAAUGAUCACCACGAUCACCAUCAGCAACAAUUCAGCACCAUGGAAUCAGCCACCCCCUCCCACCCCUCCCCUGACGCCGCCUUAUCCUGUGUUUACUUCUUUAUUUUUCUUUUAAAGAGGCUUCUCUGUUCAGUUUACUGCUAUCUAUGUUGGAGCUUGCUGUACCACCGGUACUGACUGACCGCGGCCUGUCGCUGUGCCGCCAUCGGUCACGGAAUGACGAGAUACCGCCACGGUUGCCGUGGCGACCCCACUGGUACUUUUUGUUUUCUGAGUGUGAAGGAAAACUUGGGACUCGACCUCCGUAGCCCGGUUGGUUCAGACGACCUCUGUGCUGUUCUGUGUCCACUCUGCGGCCUUUGCCUCUUAUCUGGUGAUGUGUGUGUCUGUGUGUGGGUGUUUUAAUUUUCCAUCCAUGUGAGGAUUGUAGUUUUAGACCUGCAAAAAGUGUGGUCAUUUCGGCCAGUCCUGACUUCUUCAACAGGCUGGAUUAAGGUUCGGAUUUGGGUUAAAGCCCAGUAUUUGAGGCACAUCAUUAGCAUUAGGGUCACGUUUUCUGGACACACAGUACUUGAUGCUUCUAUGGUACACUGCAGGCAGGUGAUUUUGAAGCAUCAGCCAAUUCUUUUUCUUCUUAGUGCCAUAUUUUAUCUGCAGUCAACUAUUCCACCUGUUGGGAGGUAAAAACUACAAGCACAUCAGGAUUCUUCCCCCUAUAGGUUUAAUUAAAUCUAACCACCAUGACAAGUUCUGAUACUACAGGUGCUAUUUAAAGGAAUAGUUUAGGGGUAGUUUGACAUUCUGGGAAGGGAGGGAGUCAAUAAGAUGACUGAUAUCACUCUAAUUUCUGUAUGCUUAAUAGCACAAAGCUGGACACAGGGGAAACAACUAGCCUGGUUCUGUCCAAAGGUAACAAUUAUUACGUUUUGACAGAGCCCGACUAACCAGGCUUCUGAUUUUAUUUCCAGAAAACUAUGUCACUACAUGAACACACCUAUCUAUGAUAUUUUUCAAGUCAAGAGUAUUGCCUUCUGGAUUAAAAACAUUAGUUUACCUUUUUUGCUUUUGCACUUUUGUACUACGACUCCCAAAACCGCUGUGCUGGUCGCAUCUCAGCCCCAAAAUUCAAUUGCACCUGCACCAUGCACCUGAUGUGUCUGGUGCUCUUUUGGCAGCAGGUGAAGGUUCAAAUUAAAGACAGGGUUUAAGGAAUGUAAGUAAGUGAAGUGUCCUCACAGGUAAAGGAAGAUGAAAAUGUGUGUGUGUGCGCGAGUGUGUGUGCAUGUGUGUAUGUGUGGUAGCAUGUAUGUAUGGCUGUUUGCCUCCCUUCCAUGUAUGUGCACAGAAUCUAUGGCAACCCAUCACUGUGGCCUUCCUGUUUGACUCCAAAUCUUUCUUUCUUUCUUUCUUUCUUUCUUUCUUUCUUUCUUUCUUUCUUUCUUUCGUAUGACAACAAGAAAACUGCUACAACUGAGGCUACAAGUUGUUUUCUUGACUUGGUCCUUUCUCUCCAGGAUAGUGAUAAAUAUAUAUACUUUUAUAUUUCAGUGUAAUAAAGAUGCUAUUAUGUACUGUA